GGGUGCUCAGACAUACAGUAGCGUGAAACAAGUGCCAAGCCAGCAGCUGAAGAGGCCCCAGUGCAGUGCUAAAUCUGGAGCCCUAUUGUGCUGCUGGCUACAAUCAAAAAGCAAGGAUGGGAUUAGGGCCACAUUAUGGAAGCAUGGCCAAGCAGAAAAAAAAGCACUAAUGACAAGAGAGAGCAAGAAAAGAGGGAAAAGGUGGAACAACGAGUAAGAAAGUAUAGGGAAGCACUAAAAAGUAAUCUAGAAAGAUAUGAAGAGGCUAAAAGGCUAGAGAGAGAAAGAUACCAAAGAAGGAAGGAACAGGGCAAAAUAAAAUCCAUCAAUGAUCUGACCCCUCGGCAGCAGAGAAAAUUACGAAAAGACUGGAGAGCUAGAAGUAAAAAAGUUACGACAAGUUACGACAGGAACCCGUGCAGGGAAAUGUGGAGGGUUUGGGAACAAUGCGGCCGCACUCGAUGCGUGAGAAUUCUGUGCAAACCCCUACGCACCAAAAUAUUCCGGAGACGCCAACAUCAGCAAUAUUGACAGCAGGUUAAAGAAGAUUAAGAAGAAAUAGAAGAAAGUUGAGAUUCGAGAUUCAAAAACUAAAGAAAGAACUUAAAAGAGAAAAAGCUAAGAAAGAAAAAUACAAGUAGAGGCUUUAUAGAAAUCGUAACCCAGACAAAGAUUCCCCAAACUCUAACGUUCAGAGAAUGAUUGAUGACAAAAGAAUUUCAAAUGAGAUUAAACAACCCUUACUUUUUGGGGCAGUUUUGUCUACCCAAAUAAAAGAAAAUGAAUUUUCAAAAAAUAAUAGAGAAGAAAGAAGGAAUCUGAUGGCGGCUGUUUCAGGAAGAGUAAUAAAAAAUACCGUUUUCAAGAAAGACUUAAGAUGUUAGUACCUAAGCGUUUCAAAUAUAAUAAGAAAAACAGCAGAAUUUUCGAUCGUAUAUGGACAGAGGUUCGAAGAAAAAUCAUACAUUUUUAUGAAAAUGAUGACUCAAGCCGAAUAUGCCCAGGAAAAAAGUAAACGAUAACAUUUAAAAAAGUAAAACAACAGAAGAGGUAUUUGAACUACUCUCUGAAAGAUCUAUAUGCCAAAUUUAGCUGUACUUAUCCAGACAAAAAGGUAAGCUACAGCUUCUUCUGUAAGAUGCGACCUUUUUGGGUGGUUCCAUUGAAGGUUAAAGAUCGUGACACAUGUUUUUGUGAAACUCACGUCAAUUUCCAGUAUGUGGUUUCGAAAUUAUAAUUUUACAACAUUAUUAAAUAAAAUAGCUGCAACGAAAUUAUCAAAAAGAUAACGUGCUCCGCUGAAGACAAAAUCAAGGAAGCAUGCUUAAAAAGAAAAUGUCCUGAAUGUUUAC